AUUUGGCCCAUGAUAGAAAUGCGGAAGUGGCCUGAUUUGUAAACAAAUCAUUGUAGCUCUAAUUAGAAAACACGCUGUUUACGACCAUGUCAUUCUAGACAUUUGUUUAUCAAAGAAGAAUACAGUUUAACGUUAAGGACAAAUAAACUGAGAAUUUAAUCAAUCCUUACCCUGGUACAUCUAAAACAAUAUCAUGGCUGAAAACGUAUUUCUGUUUAUUCCAAAUAUUGUGGAUUAUUUUCGAGUAGUGUUUGCGUUUGCCUCCUUCUACUACAUGCCAUCCGAUCCGUGGCUGGCCUCUGUCCUAUAUAUUGUUAGUGGGCUGCUUGAUGCCAUCGAUGGCCAUCUUGCCAGGAUGCUGAACCAAGGGAGCAAGCUAGGUGCAAUGUUGGACCAGCUGAUUGACCGGAUGACCACCAUGUGUCUGUGUGCAGCAUUGUGCCACUUCUACCCCAAGUACAUGCUCUUCUUCCAGGCAUCUAUGGCCAUCGAUAUCGUCAGUCACUGGUUCCAUCUCCAGAGCUCCCUAAUGACGGGCAAAACAAGCCAUAAGGUGUUGGACCUGUCUGCCAACCCGGUUCUCAGACAUUACUACCAUAACAAGCUGAUCCUGUUUAUUAUGUGUUCUGCCAAUGAGCUGUUUUUCUGCAUGCUGUACCUGUGCUAUUUCACUGAAGGACCCACUGUGUUGUUUGGUGUUGGCCUGUGCAGGUUGAUCCUGUAUGUAUGUGCGCCGUUGUCCUUCAUAAAAACGGGCAUCAGCCUUGUCCAACUGGGAGCUGCCAUGAGUAACAUAGCAACCAUCGAUACUGAGGAUCGCAAGAACAAGUGAAAUCCACCAAACAUCUAGCAUUUGCAUCAGUCAUUGUAGUAUACAUGGUUCAAAUAUAUUUAUUGUGUAAUUGUGAUGAUCAUUCUACAGUAGACAACCCUUCUGUUGGUUGCUUUUGCUUAACCUCUAGAGAGUGCACCAUUGUUCAUUUUAACUGGAAUUUUUAUUUUUUGUAUUUUAGUUGAGUGCAGUUUUUAUAAAUACUCAUUUUCAAGUUUUUGUGAGGCUUUGUUUAAAAAUGUGUCAGCCUACAUAGAAUAAAAUAAUUUAGUUGAUAGUCAUUGAUUUUUGGCCAUGCUUUGUAGACUUUUUACCACUAUUUUAAUAUAAUGAUUUAUUAUGAUAAAUUUAGUUUCUUUUAAGACUUACAAUACAAUUAGUCAGCUUUUUGAUUAUGGAAUAGAGUAUGUAAAGUUAUUGUCACUAGUUUCAUUUUUAGACAUAAAUUAACAUUUAUAUGUACUAAGCUUUAUGAUUUAAGCUGUGUCACAAGAUUUUUGGUCUCUGUUCCCGACAGUUUUAGCAAAUAGUUCCAUCAAUUUUGAUCAUUUACACCAUGAUUAUAUGAGAAAAUACUAUGAUAUAUAGUUAUAGGGUUUGUACAGUCAUGCUGACUUUUUAUUUAGUAUGAAGAGCGAUGUUGGUGAGAAUAUGCUUAAAGUUUCAAUAUAUAUUCUACUUAACAUUUAUAACUGUUAUUACUACUUGUAUAACAUUUAAGUGUUAAACAUUAACUUGCACACUUUUUUGAUUUUCAAAUAUAGGUUGAUAGAGAUAAGGAAUCAAAGUGGUUGACCAUGAUUCUAUAAAUAGUGUUGACAUGAUCUAUUUAUUGAGCAACAUGUGAUAAUGAAACGGAAAACCCAAACUCUCGUGAUGCAGCAUUAGACACGUUUGUAGUAGUAUACAAUGGUCAUUUCAAAUGUUUACUUUUUUUAGGUAUUCAUUUCAUAUUUUAUUUGAAAUAACUAAAUUUUCAUGACUUUGAUGUUGGUAUUCUGUUUUAAAAAUAUCAUUACUGGCACCAAUAUCACAAAAAUACUAUCAAUUCUCAAAUUAUUUUACCACAAAACAGCAUGCAAUAAUUUAAAUUUGUUUUUACUCUUUUUAAAAGUGUAUUUAGAUAAGAUAAUGUUAAGAAAUCAAAAUUUCCCAAGACAUUGAUUCUAGAGCAGCACUUGUACUUGAGUACAGCUCAUUAUUUUUGAGUUAUAACUAAAUAACUUGUCUUAAGAGUAAUGAUUAAUAAUGCCUAUCAACAUAAUACACAAUAGAGUCCUUUUAAAAAUAGUAAAACUUUUAUCAUUUUGAUUCUUGCCAUGCCUGCAUGUGGAACAAUGAGUUGAGAUUGAGAUUGUAGUUUUGGGAUUGUAGGCUUGAUGUUUUAGAAAUGAUAAGACCCUGCUUCAAGUUUGGGUGAUAACAAAAGUGCUAGGUUUGAUUGAUGUUUGGUCUUUUCUUGUUAUAUUUUGUAAAUGAUGGAAAGACUAAAGACUGUAAAUGGCCGAUUUCUUUACUCAUCUCUGGGUAAUGAUUCAAGACAAAAGUUGUACAUAAAUUGGCCUGAUUUUGGAUAAUUAUACCAUUUCUUAGGCAAAUGGUUGAAAGAAUACCGGUAGUCAGUUUCUUGAGAAAAAGUAAGGAAUGGACCAACCAAACCAGUGAAGAAACCGGCCAAUAAUGUUAAGUCAUGUCUUUGUUUACACUUCAGGUUGUGUUAGAAUUGUAAAGGUUACAUUUAGCAGUGCUCCAAAAUAAAUGUUGACAUCUUAGCAUAAAUAAUUGAGGCUGAUCAAAUUGAUGUACAGUACAAAAUUUUGAGUAUAUACAUGUCGAUUAUUUAAUGAUGAGAUUGUUGUUGUAUGUCUUAUAAAAUGUACUGAAUAAAACUAUGUUGUCA